UCAGUCGCCGGUCUGGUUCGGUCUGGCCAACGCUCGCCUCCAAACGGCCUCUGCUGCUUUUGGUGUUGAUGACCACUGCUCUGUCUCUUUGCUGCUGUGCCAUGUGUGGACGACCUGUCCUCCGUGUAUGUGUGUGUGUUUGUGCCUCUUCCAAAGGCCCUUGAGGGGCACCGCUGGUAGUGUUUGCGCUUCCGAAUUCCUAAGUGGUCUUGGUUUUUUCCCCGUGUGAAGGAAUUUAUCCCUGUUUGUUGAAAUGUGAGAGAUCUCGCAAGCAUUUGCUCCCCACCCCAUCUCUCGCUGGAGGGAUAACGAUAGUGCCUUUGAGGAUUAUUUACAGAUAUUGAAAGUUAUGCAAUUGAGAUAGUUAUUACCGUAAAUAAACUGUCGAAACAUGAACUCAUAAAUCUUAUAAAAAAAAAUUACCCGAAUGAAGUGUUAUUUGUGAUUUGUAUAGAGGGUGCUCGCCUUCCCAAUAACGUGUGGAUUAUCCGAUAAGUGAUGAUAUCCUUUCAAAUGACAGAGAUUGAAAACUGAUUUAGUGAAAAUGGCACUUCGUGGAAAAUAUACCGGACAAGCCGUUAAUUGUGUGUGCGUACGUUUGUUCGUUUACCCUCUGCUGUGACGUCAUCAUCGUUGCCGAGUCAUCGACUUUUGAGAUAGUGCUCCACCAUGAGGAUUGUUUAUCACUAUGGCUGGUACACUGGCACCUUCACCGUUGUGGGACCCGACCAGGCAUCGAGAACGGAGUACGUCAGGAAUAAGCUCAACCAAAUGAGGGAAGGUGCAAAAAGCAAGCCAGUCUUGCUGGUGAUAUCCUUAGCAGGUGUCAAGGUCUGCAGCCCUGAUGGAAAGGCCGAGGAGUUGAACAGCAUCGUUGGGCACGCCUUCCGCCUUGCCUACGCCGCCCACCUUCAGAAAUCCGGGGCUACCAUCCGAGAUGUGAUCCCCACCCACGCCCACGGCAACACCCCUCCUCCUCCACUCCCGCACACCUUAGCUCAUUCCCACAACCACCCGCACACGCACACGCCCUCGCCCUCAGGCACACCCACACACACCCACACGCAUCACACACACAACAUCCACACACCACCGCACAACAAAAGGUCGUGUGAGCAUCAUUGUUCCUCAUCAUCCUUACAGGGUGCCGCAGCCUCUCGCGAUUCUAGUCCAAGCCCCAACAUGAGAACGCCUGGUAGCCCCGCCUUAGCCCAAAGCCCCUCGCACGGUUCGCUAGGAGGCCUACAGAAACCUUCCUCACUGCCAGGCCUUCACACUCAUCCCGAAAAUGACAAUAUUUUACAUUCGCCCGACAGCGAAAACAGUAACAGCCCGUCUGAGCUUAACAGCACCAAAAGACUGGCCGACAAGCCGCCGCUCAUCAAGAAGCUGAGUGUGACCUUGGAAUCCACUCUCAACCUGGAGGAAGACCUUCGCCCCCUAGUCACCUCGUCGUCGUCCUCGUCUUCGCCUUCGUGUCACACCACCACCUGCGUCACCACCGGCUCCAGCUCCUCCUCCACCACCAGCACCGCCGUCGUCGGGUACGUCAACGAGAAAGUCAGCGACGCCGUCGUGCCCAGUGUGGUCUCGUCUGCCGAUGUACAGGAACACCAGGAAAAUGAUAACAAGUGCCGCAUUUCCGACGAUGUGAAGUUAAAGCGCAUCUCUCAAAUAUCCGUCAGCUCAAGUGCUUCGUCAGGAGUGGUGGGUCUUGAUGUGUCCACGUCUAGCACACGGUCUGCGACUCCGCCCCCUCUCCCCGAACGCUCAGAUUCGCUCACUCCCCCAGAGGAACCACACCUCAAGACAGCUGCUUGGUUCCAGGCAGGAAUUCCCAGAGAGAUUGCCCUCGAGGUGUUGAGUCAUGAGCCUGUUGGAGCUUUCAUGGUGAGAGAGUCCACGAGCAAGCCAGGGUGCUACGCCCUCAGUCUAAGGGUGCCACGAGAUUUUACAGUCUCGGGAAUUGCGCAUUAUCUCAUUGUCAAGACCAAUAGAGGCUACAAAAUAAAGGGCUUCACAAAGGAGUUCAGCACCUUGACAGCAUUGAUCACCCACCAUUCUGUUAUGCCAGAACUUCUACCUUGCCCAUUGUCACUGAGCAGAUACAACCCAACAUUCACUAAUGAUGACCAAAACAGAAACGAUUCAAAUGACGAUGAUCCUGACUACAACACACUUUCUGAUUUUAGAAAAAUGAUGGCAGACUUGAAUGUGUGAGAAAAUAAAUUGGAAGCUUAAAAAUUUUUCUGUGACCUUAGCUACUGCAGUAUAUUGGUAAUUCUUAAAAUAGGUUUUACAAGUUACAGAAUUGGAGUCUGUGGGAAAACCAAUCCCAUAUAUUUUUGUAAGAAAAUCCUCUAUUGUGCAGAUGUUUUAAAACAAUGAUAAAACAGUCUCUGUGUGUGUGCAUUAUUUUUUGACAGUUUUUUUUAGCAUGAGCUAUCAAGUUUCAGAGCUACUGAAAAGAAAUUGUUUGAUGAGAAUGUUGCUAUUAAUGGGAAAGACAUUUAUAAUGCCUGUGUAGUUUUAAUGACAAAAAGGGAUGAAUUAAGUAAUACAGUACUUGUAAUGAACACAAGGCAUGCAGUUGUAGUGUUGGUGAAAAUAAUGUGUUGAUGUUGAACAUUGUUUUCGAGACAAAAACAAAGAAAUACAAUUACUGUAAAAAAAAAAACAAUGAAAUACAUUUACUGUAAUGUUCAGAAAUGAGAAAUGUCCAGUGAUUAAAGGUGUUCAUGUUAAAUCAUCAAAAAUGUAAAUCACUUUUGCAAGCUUGGAAUAUGUUUUGGUGGAUUCCAGCCAUUUCAGAGGUAGUUGAAAGGAGAUGCUACAUAAACCAAGAUAUUACAGCACUUUAUUAAUUGAUAUAUGCUGGAAAAUGAACCCAUUACAUUAGCUUUCUUUUCCUGUGCCAUAUCCCCAUUCUAUACAAGGUAUUUAUAUAUUUUAAAGGAAAUUAUUUUAUCAAAAUUGCAGGUACAGAUGAGGGAGUCCAUUAUUUUGUUAUAAAGUUAGUUAACUAAUGUUCAAAAAAGUACACAUUUAAAGUAUCGUUAUGUUCAAAUCUGGGAGCAAGUGUAUCAGAGGCUGUGCUAAUAUUGAUUGUACAUUGUACACAUUUUAAACUAUCCCCUUCUUAAUGUUGAAAUUAAGCAUGCAGAUUUCCAUGAUAUAUACCAGUAACCUACAUGGUUCUGUUUUCAUGCAGAACACUAUGCUAGGAAAUGUACUGCCUGUAAUUUGUAGUUAUACUGCAAAAGUUAAAAAUUUACAAAGUAACAAUAUUGCACCACCUCUGGGGUAGUUUGACAUGGUAAACCUUUGGACUCGUCUUGCUAUAGUUUAUCCUAGACUUCUGUAACUCCUUGCUAUAGUUUAUCCAAGACUCCUGUAACUCCACAGUGUUAUUGCUCCUCUGAAACAAGAAGGAUACACCUAUAUUCUAGCUUGGGCAAAUCAGCUAAUUGUUAGCAUCUUCCAAAGAGCUUAGAGUAAUCCCUUGUCAAAGCUUUAUUGUGAUAAUCAGCAAUUUACAGGAACCCCCAGGUGUGUAGCACAUUAUAAUUAUACUCUUGGACGAAUUCUUGAACACCAUUUUAUGCGUGAGGAGUUUAACAAAAAAAAAAAUCCUUAACAUAAAAACCCCUCAAAUUGAUGUUUCAGAAUUCGGUCAUUUCUUUACGCUGCAAAAGUCAUUUAAUGUGAUAUAUAUAUAUAAAUAUAUAUAACUUGUAUAUGUAUAUUUUAUACUUGUAUCAACAGAUACUUUUUUGGUUUACUUUGUAAUCACAAGGGCAAAGAUGAAGUGCUACUGAUUUUAUGUAGAGACAUAUGCCCCUGUAGAAAGAGGUGUAUGUUUGUGACAGCCAAAUGGAAUGACAGUGUAUAGUCAUGGUCUACUGUUAUGAAUAAAGUAGAAUAUGGCAAAGCCUUGAGAGCUUCUUUGUAGUAGAUAAUUCAGAUUAUUUUAUUUGAUGAACUGCUGAAAUUUUUCUUUUAAGCACAGAAUUUUUUUUUAAACUAAUUCCAAAAAAGGCCAGAAAUUAAUUUUUUGGCUACUAAAUUCACUCUUGCUUUGACUUGAUGAAAUGUUGCUUUUCAAAAUUAGGCAUUUUAUCAAGACGCUAUCCAAGAUAAAUGACAAGGGAUACAGUAUGUAUGUUCCUCAAUUUUGUUUUAUAGGCUACCAGUUGUCAUUAUUCUAUAUGGUUCUACAACUUUUUAUGCAUACUAUAAGUAACUGCAAAAAGGAAAGAAACACUGUUUAAGUUGAACAAAAAUGACACUGUGGUGUCGUGUCAUAGAAAUUUUUGAACGACAGUUUUAAUGUGCAUAUUUCUCCUGUCUCUUCCUCGAUUAUUAGGUAUUGUUUUCCUUUAUCUUGACUGUCUCCAGAAAAAUAUACUGCCUCUUUUUUUUUUUUUUUUUACUGUUUGAGAGAUUCAUUUGUUUGUUUGUUUAUCAUUUUUUAAUCCAUGCAUCAUGUGUUCCAUUAUUAUAUCAUUUUCUCUCAAAUUUUGUUAUAUUUCUAGCAUAAUCUUGUCUAACUUUGCUUCACUAAUGUGUGCAGCAUGUAUAUGUGUAAUAUAUACUAUAUAGAUCCUACUCACAUACAGUAAUAUUGUAUCAUCAAAAUUAUGUUAAUAAAGUCAAAGAUUGUA